AGAAUCCCAGCAGCAAUGCCUCUGUUCAAGCUUCCAGCUGAAGGAAAACAACUCGAUGAUGCAAUGCGCAGCUUCGCUGAAAAAGUGUUUGCCUCAGAAGUCAAAGAUGAGGGGGGCCGCGAAGAGAUCUCCCCUUUUGACGUGGAUGAGAUCUGUCCAAUUUCUCAUCAUGAGAUGCAAGAGCACAUACUCCACAUGGAGAUGCUGGCCACCUCCACAGAAGGCACGAGGAAGAAGCGUUUCCGAGGACGGAAGACUGUUAAUUUGUCCAUUCCACUCAGUGAAGCAUCUUCCACCAAGCUGUCGCGCAUUGAUGAAUACAUCUCUUUAUCUCCAACCUACCAGACAGUGCCUGAUUUUCAGAGAGUGCAGAUCACGGGAGACUAUGCCUCUGGGGUCACAGUGGAAGACUUCGAAAUAGUGUGCAAAGGGCUGUACCGGGCAUUGUGUAUCCGGGAGAAAUACAUGCAGAAGUCGUUUCAGAGGUUCCCCAAAACCCCUUCCAAGUACUUGCGGAGCAUUGAGGGCACAGCUUGGAAAGCAGAUGAGAGCUUCUGCCCAGUCUUUACGCCUGCUCUGAAGAAGGGAGAGGACCCUUUCCGAACAGACAACCUUCCCGAGAACCUGGGCUAUCACCUCAAAAUGAAAGACGGUGUGGUUUACAUCUAUGCUAACGAAGCAGCAGCGGGCAAAGAUGAGCCCAAGCCACUUCCUUACCCACAUAUGGAAGAUUUCUUGGAUGAUAUGAAUUUUUUGCUUGCUUUAAUUGCCCAAGGACCUGUUAAGACCUAUGCGCACCGGCGUCUGAAGUUCCUCUCCUCCAAGUUCCAGGUGCACCAGAUGCUCAACGAGAUGGACGAGCUGAAGGAGCUGAAGAACAACCCCCACCGCGACUUUUACAACUGCAGGAAGGUGGACACCCACAUCCAUGCAGCUGCUUGUAUGAACCAGAAACACCUGCUCCGCUUCAUUAAGAAAUCUUACCAAGUGGAUGCCGACAGAGUGGUCUACAGCACCAAAGAGAAGAACCUGACCCUAAAGCAACUUUUUGAUAAAUUAAAACUGCACCCCUAUGACCUGACUGUUGACUCUCUGGAUGUUCAUGCCGGCCGCCAGACCUUCCAGCGUUUUGAUAAGUUCAAUGACAAAUACAAUCCUGUAGGAGCAAGCGAGCUGCGGGAUCUCUACCUGAAGACAGACAAUUACAUUAACGGGGAAUAUUUUGCCACUAUCAUCAAGGAGGUAGGUGCAGACUUGAUGGAAGCCAAGUACCAGCAUGCUGAGCCUCGUUUGUCCAUCUACGGCCGCAGCCCUGAUGAAUGGAGCAAACUUGCUUCCUGGUUCGUCCGCAACCGCAUCUACAGCUCUAACAUGACAUGGAUGAUCCAGGUCCCCAGGAUCUAUGAUGUGUUUCGAUCCAAGAAUUUCCUUCCACACUUCGGAAAGAUGCUGGAGAAUGUGUUCAUGCCAGUGUUUGAGGCGACCGUCAACCCCCAAGCUCAUCCAGAACUCAGUGUCUUCCUCAAGCAUAUCACUGGCUUUGACAGUGUGGAUGAUGAGUCCAAACACAGUGGCCACAUGUUCUCCUCCAAGAGCCCCAAACCCCAGGAGUGGACAAUGGAGAAGAAUCCAUCUUACACCUACUAUGCCUACUACAUGUACGCAAACAUCAUGGUGCUCAACAGCCUGAGAAAGGAACGAGGCAUGAAUACAUUUCUGUUCCGACCUCACUGCGGGGAAGCUGGGGCUCUCACCCACCUCAUGACCGCGUUCAUGACAGCAGAUAACAUCUCUCAUGGCCUGAAUUUAAAAAAGAGUCCUGUGUUACAAUACUUGUUUUUCUUAGCCCAGAUUCCUAUUGCCAUGUCACCAUUAAGUAACAACAGCCUAUUUCUAGAGUAUGCCAAAAAUCCAUUUUUAGAUUUUCUCCAGAAAGGACUGGUGGUCUCACUGUCUACCGAUGAUCCGAUGCAAUUCCACUUCACCAAGGAGCCCCUGAUGGAAGAAUACGCCAUUGCAGCACAAGUCUUCAAGCUGAGUACCUGUGACAUGUGUGAAGUGGCGAGGAACAGUGUUCUGCAGUGUGGAAUUUCUCACGAGGAAAAAGCAAGGUUUCUGGGCAACAAUUACCUUGAGGAAGGCCCCAUUGGAAAUGAUAUCCGGAAGACGAAUGUAGCCCAAAUCCGCAUGGCCUAUCGCUAUGAAACCUGGUGUUAUGAACUCAAUUUAAUUGCUGAGGGGCUUAAGUCAACAGAAUAAAGAAACCAA